AUGGAAAUCAGCACUAUCCAUAAUGAAGUAAAACAACAUCCCAUACAUGAAAGUAAGCACUCGAACACUGUUACAAACCAGAAAAAACAAGCAGUGUGGAAAAGCAUCACCGAGAAAGUCAAUGCUGUGGGCACUGCUCAUAGGACCAUGACUGGAAUUAAGGACAAAUGGAGAAACAUGUGCCGGGACGCCAAACAAAAGUUCACUGAACACAGAAGGGAAUCAAAGAAGACUGGAGGAGGCCCACCACCUACCCCUCUCUCCCAGACACUGUCUGACAUUGUGAACAUCUACAAUUUAACAAACAUAAAAACAGACAACGCUAGGCCGCACACCGCAAGGUAUACCCGUGACUGGUUUACACAGAAUCACGUGACCGUAAUGGACUGGCCUGCUGCGUCACCGGAUUUAAAUCCGAUAGAAAAUGUAUGGCAGAUCAUGAAAGAUCGUGUGGAAAAAAUUCAGCCAGAUAAUAUCACAGACUGGAAAGUUACAAUCAUGGAAACAUGGAUGGGUUUGGACCAGAACUAUAUAGACAGUCUGGUAGAAAGUAUGCAACGGCGCAUCGCUCAGUGUAUAGCGAGACACGGGUGUCUGACUGACUAUUAA